UUUUUGUUUACAGCUGUAUACUUUUUUGCUUUUUUGUGGUGUGCGGAGGAAAAAAUCACAAAAUUAUAGAAAAAAUAUAAAAAAUAUGAAAAAAUUGCAAUAAGAAUACAAAACAUGAAACGCAUAAGUGAAAAGAAGUUGGAAGCCUUUGCCGUAGGUACUAUGGGCAAACGGCAAUUGUCCAAAAAAGAAAUAGAGGAGCAAAAGAAAAAAGAUGAUGAAGCGGCUGCGGCACAUGUUUUCAAAGAGUUUGUGGAAACAUUUCAAGACACACCCUCAGCCUCCUCUAAAAUUUGGGUUAAAGCCGGUACCUAUGAUGCCGGCUCAAGAAAGGAAGAUAGCCGGGAAAAGGGUAAAUUGUAUAAACCAUCCUCAAAAUUGGAAGAUAAAUCAGCUGCCGAAAAAGCUCAAGAAUAUGCCAAAAUGUUGGCUUCUGAUCUUAAAAAGGACUCCAUUAAUCUGAAGAAGAAAAGCCAGGAGAAAAAGAAAAGUAAUUUGGAACUUUUCAAAGAGGAGUUGCGUCAAAUCCAAGAGGAACGUGAAGAACGUCAUAAAUAUAAACAUAUGGCUCAAGCUGCGGUUAGCCAACCAAGCACACAACCCUCACAGGCGGUAGCCGAACAUCAUCACAAUCAUCAGACGGAAGAGCGUACCGGUUCUCAUGAUACAGGCGAUCCAAAUACUACUAAUUUAUAUUUGGCUAAUUUAUGCCCAAAGAUAUCUGAACAACAAUUAAUGGAGAUCUUUGGUCGCUAUGGCCCGUUGGCCAGCAUAAAAAUUAUGUGGCCUCGUUCGGAGGAGGAAAAAAUGAGAGAACGUAAUUGUGGCUUUGUGGCCUAUAUGAGUCGCAAAGAUGCUGAGAGAGCUUUAAAAACUCUGAAUGGUCGUUUUAUAAUGGGUUACGUUAUGCGUUUGGGUUGGGGCAAAGCGGUACCAAUACUCAAUCAGCCCAUCUUUAUACCACCACCACUAUUGGAACUAACUAUGCCACCACCACCCUCUGGUUUACCAUUUAAUGCUCAACCACCGCCCACUGAAUUGCCCAAUGUUCCCAAAAAGAACUAUAAAGAGUAUACAACAGAGGAAGAGAAAGAAAAUAUGGAAAAGGUUUUAAAGAAGUGUGUGGUUAAAGUUAUUAUACCAACAGAGAAAUCUGUUUUACAUAUUAUACAUCGCAUGAUAGAGUUUGUUAUACGUGAAGGCCCCAUGUUUGAGGCUUUAAUAAUGAGUCGUGAAAUUGAAAAUCCCCUCUUUUCAUUUCUAUUUGACAAUGAGAGUCCGGCUCAUAUUUACUAUCGAUGGAAAUUAUUUUCUUUGCUACAGGGCGAUACGCCCAACGAAUGGAGUGAAAAAGAAUUUCGCAUGUUUAAAGAUGGUCCCAUUUGGAAACCUCCGGUGGCAAACUUUUAUACUCAGGGAAUGUCAGAUGAUUUGGUUAUAGAUCCAGAUGCACCAGAGUCUCAUAAAGGAGCAUUGUCAACUGCUCAACGCGAUCGUUUGGAAGAUCUUAUACAUUAUCUAACGCCCGAACGUACUAAAAUUGGUGAUGCCAUGAUCUUUUGCAUUGAACACGCCGAUGCUGCCGAUGAAAUCUGCGAAUGUAUUGCUGAAUCUUUGGCCAAUCCUGCAACAUUGCCUUCCCGGAAAAUUGCACGCUUAUAUCUGAUAUCAGAUAUACUAAACAACUGUACUGUUAAAGUAUCAAAUGUGUCCUUUUAUAGAAAAGCAAUUGAAAAACAUCUGCUGGAAAUUUUUGAAAAUUUACACACAUUCUUUAAUAAUAUUGAAAGUCGCCUUAAAGCGGAGGGUUUCAAAACUCGUGUAUUAAACGUUUUAAAAGCCUGGGAUGAUUGGGCUGUAUAUUCGAAAGAGUUUUUGGCACAAUUGCGUUCGAUAUUUUUGGGAAAACAGAAUCAGACUCCAGCUACACCACCGCCUCAGGAAGAAGUCAAAGAGAUGGAGGAAGAAGAGGACAUAGAUGGUGCCCCUAUGUCUGGUGAUGAAAAGGAUGAUGAGGAUUUAGAUGGUGUACCCUUGGAUGGCGCUGCUUUAUUAAAGGGUGUACUUAUGCGUGGUCUACCGGAUACCAAAAAAUCUACACCACGUCGUAGUCAAGAUGUUAGUUGUGAUGCUGAUUAUAACGAUGAUAUAGAUGGUGUUCCAUUGGAUGAUGAUAUCGAUGGUGUGCCUUUGGAAAAAGACUUAAACGAUACUGGUGAUAUGGGCGGUAGCAAACAAUCCACCAAACCACGGGCAUUUAUACCCUCAAAAUGGGAAACUAUUGAUCCAGAACAAGUAGAAGCUCAAGCUGUUACCACUAGCAAAUGGGAUACUUUAGAUGCACCUGAAGCUCCUAAGUUUUAUGCUAAUUCUAGCGAUGAUGAUGAUGAUAAUGAAAAUAAUCUUAGUUUUGAUGAAAUAAAACGUAAAAAAUUACGUGAAAUUGAGGUAAAAACAAUGCAAUAUCAAGAUGCUUUAGAAGCAGGUGAUAUAGAAGUUAAAACGGGCUUAACGGUAGCCGAACAAGUGGAGCAUUAUCGCAAACGUUUAAUGAAAAAGGAUUGUUUAACCGAAGCCAUGGAUUCACCCUUAAGUUAUAUGCACAAUAAGGAAUCUAGCCCUGACAGUCCUAAAAAAAUACGCCAUCGCAAACGUUCUCCAUCGCCCAGUCAACAUUUCAGUAGCAGUGCACGUUCCAGUCCGGCACGUACAGCACGUAAACGUUCCGUAUCACCCUAUAAAAGUAGCAGCAGUCGUCGUGAGCGUUCGCCCACUUCAAGCAGUCGUGACAGUACUAAAUACAGCAAGCGUCAUCGUUCGCGUAGCCUUUCUUCUUCUCCACCCCAUCCGCUAGAGAGAACACCCUAUGUAUCCAAAUCCACGCGUUACGAUAGUCCACAUUCUUCUUCCUCAAGAUCGAAAAGAUCACCCUCCAGCGGUUAUUCUCGUUCAUCUAAGCGUGAUUUGGAACGUGAUUCAUAUUCUAGUGGUAGCGGACGCAGUGAAAAACAUAAACACAAACAUAAGCAUUAAAUUUCCACAAUAGUUUAUCCCGGAGACUUAUUCAAAAGCUAAUUAUCAACAAUUAUGGAGUAUGUACUAGAAUUUAAGUUAAAACACAAAUUGUGUGUUUUAUUUUUCAAAAUUUAUUCAAGAAUAAAAUCGAUACAAAAAAUUAAAAAAAAAA